AUGGAAGAGGAGGACGACCUCGUACAGUUGGCGGAGGAUGACCUGUGGAUGAAUGCUAUCAAAUUUGAUCCAUUCGACCUUGUCGGACUCGCCCCAACAGCGGACUUGACGUGGGAACUCUACGAGAAACGCCUAAAGGAACUGUCGCGGACACUCCACCCAGACAAGAUAAGCCUGUUCUACUGCCAGGAUGAAAGAGUUAUUCUCGGCAGACCACCAUGGCCGCGGCAACACCACGUCAAUCUUCUCCGAGGUUACAUGUCCAAUCUUUCCGAAGCAGCACGAGGAGUUAGCUUCACGAGAAUGAAGUACUUCUGGCGUCAAUACAGUGUAUCAACCUGGAAUGCGGCCGCAUUGAUUGCUCAUGGACCUGUCGCGAUUGUCCUUCAACCCGAUCCCCAAUAUUACCCUCAAGCUCUUCGGCCCAGAAAUCAUGUCCCUGGCUGGCGCAGCCCUACGCAGAAAGAGAUCAACGAUGGUAUGAUCUCAAGGCAUACUCUCCGUACAAUAAUCCGCGACACACCCGUGAAUAUUCUGAAGGACAUGCCUCAUCAAUGA